AUGGCUUCAUUAGCCCUGUCAUUUAGAGCAAAAGAGAAAAAUUGUUUCAGUCAAUCAUCUUAUCUCAUUGAAUUUGCCUUCUAUGCAUUUGCAGUUUACAAAGAAAAUCUGAAGGAGGUGAAGGAAGAAUUGAAUGAAGUAGGAAAAUUAAUAGAAGAUUUAUUAACCAGACAGUCAGAUUUAUUAGAGAAGAAAAAAUCCUUGGAGCAAAUUAUCCAAGAGCAUAAUGAAACCUCUAAAAAUGUUAACAGUGAUUGGUCUAAAGAAGAUUUCCCAUGGUCAGAAGAGUUAAACACUACAUUGAAAGAUGUAUUUAAAUUAGAUAAAUUAAGACCAAUGCAGCUACAGACAAUGAACAUAACAAUGGCAGGAAAAGAUUGUAUGUUGAUCAUGCCUACUGGAGGAGGAAAAAGUCUAUGUUUUCAACUUCCUGCUGUUUUAUCUAAAGGAAUAACACUAGUUGUUUCACCUUUGAUAUCUCUUAUGGAAGAUCAAUUGAUGGCUUUAAAGACCCUCGAUAUUGAUUCAACAACAUUCAAUUCUAAUACCAGUACAGCAGACGCUAAAACUAUUCAAACAGCCAUGACAGAUCCGAAUUCUACUCUAAAACUUUUAUAUGUCACUCCUGAAAAACUGGCUAAAAGUAAACGAUUUAUGAAUAAAUUAGAAAAAAUGUAUGAAAUGGGAAGAUUUAGUCGACUUGUUAUAGAUGAAGUACAUUGUUGUUCUCAAUGGGGUCAUGAUUUCCGUCCAGAUUUCAAGUUUUUAGGAAUUAUGAAAAGGCAAUUUCCAACAGUACCUAUAUUAGGUUUAACAGCAACUGCUACCCUGAAAGUUUUAGAUGAUGUUAAAAAUAUCCUCAAUAUACCUCAUUGUCAGUUAUUAAGGGCCUCGUUUAAUAGACCUAAUUUAUAUUAUGAGAUCCGAACUAAACCUUCAAGUUUCUCAGAUACAAUGACAGAGAUAAAGACAUUGAUACAAACCAGGUUCAGUGGGCAAUCAGGUAUUGUGUAUUGUUUUUCUAAAAAAGAUUGUGAAGAAGUAACCAUAGAUUUACAGAAGAAUGGUAUACCUACUGGAUGUUACCAUGCCAAUCUUACAGGACCUGAACGCAGUAGAGUACAUGAGAAAUGGAGCAAGGGAAAGAUUCUUGUUGUAGUAGCAACUAUAGCAUUUGGUAUGGGAAUAGAUAAACCUGAUGUAAGAUUUGUUAUACAUCAUUCUAUUAGUAAAUCUAUAGAGAAUCUAUAUCAAGAGAGUGGUCGAGCUGGUAGAGAUGAUAAGAAGUCAUGUUGUAUUGUAUAUUAUCGAUUGGCUGAUGUUUUUCGACAGAGUUGUAUGGUUUUUACAGAACAAACUGGUUUAAAAUGUCUAUAUGGUAUUUUAGCCUAUUGCCUUAAUGUCAAAAGAUGCAGAAGAUCAAUGAUAGCAGAACAUUUUGGUGAAUUAUGGGAUAGCAGUCAUUGUAAUGGAAUGUGUGAUCAUUGUGAUCCAAAUUCAGUUUGUAAGUAUUUUCCUCAAUCAAACAUGACCACACAUUGUCGAAACAUCUUACUAAUAUUACAACAAGCAGCAGAAACAGACCAGAAACUGACAGCAUUAAAAUUAAUAGACGCUUGGUUUGGUAAGGGUCCAGCAUCACUGCGUGUUUCAGAUAUUAAAGAGAAGAAUAUUACAGUAGAGAAAGCUGAAAAGAUCAUUGGUUUUAUGUUAUUAAAUGAUUAUUUGAAAGAAGAGUUCCAUUUUACUGCUUACACUACUAUAAGUUAUAUGAAACAUGGUAAGGCACGGCUCAAUUGUAGCAAAGAAUAG